GCGUCCUAUAAAGUGGUGAGCUCGCGCGCUUAGUUCUUUAGCCCGUUUCUAGUUGGAGAAGUAACGUGUUCCGAACCUGCACCUGAAUCAUUUUCAAGACUCACAUUAAGGUGGGAAGUGUAGCCAGACACAGAAAUGGAACAAACCAACGGGACACACAAUUCGAGCAGAAAGAAAUUGGUGCGUGUGCAGAGUGACAAAGUCACGUAUAACAAUGAUGUUAUACAAGCAGACUACGAAUACCAGACGACUAGAGUCACCACCCAGGGCGAAACGAUAGUGGCGACACCAGUAUCCACCAGCUACCAGUUUCGGACACAGCGACAUGUUCCCCGGACAGGCGUUAUGCUGGUCGGUUGGGGUGGAAACAACGGCAGCACCCUGACGGCAGCCCUUCUCGCUAACAAGCAUCAGCUUUCAUGGAACACCAAGGAAGGUGUCAAGCACGCCAACCUUUUUGGUUCCAUCACGCAGAGCAGCACUGUGCCGCUCGGGGAUGAGGUAUACGUGCCCCUGAACUCCCUCCUCCCCAUGGUCGACCCCUGCGACCUCGAGCUGGAUGGCUGGGACAUUUCGGGACUCGAUCUCGCGGGUGCCAUGAACAGAGCCAAGGUGCUCGAGUGGCAGUUGCAACAGCAGCUGGUUCAGGAAAUGAGCAAGAUGAAGCCGAGACCGGCGGCCCACAUACCGGGAUUUGUGGCGUCAAAUCAGGAAACGCGCGUCGAUAAUGUCAUGACAGGCAACCGACAAUCGAUGGUAGAGCAGCUGAGGAAAGACAUAGCAGACUUCAAAGCGAGACGCCAGCUAGAAACAGUAAUAGUCAUUUGGACGGCAAACACAGAGCGCUUUGCCGAAAUUCGGGCCGGAGUGAACGACACGGCCGAAAAUCUUCUGGCCGCCAUCAGGGACAAUCACAGCGAAAUCGCGCCCUCCACCCUAUAUGCUGUCGCCAGCAUUCUCGAGGGCUGCACAUAUAUCAACGGUUCGCCACAAAACACAUUUGUGCCUGGGUGUGUGGAGCUGGCAGAAAAGCACAGCACUUUCCUCGGAGGAGACGAUUUCAAAUCCGGACAGACCAAACUGAAAUCUGUGCUUGUCGACUUUUUGGUCAGUGCUGGCAUCAAACCGGCGUCAAUUGUGAGCUACAACCACUUGGGCAACAACGACGGGAAGAAUCUUUCAGACCCCAUGCAGUUCAGAUCUAAAGAGAUUUCCAAGAGCAACGUGGUUGACGACAUGGUGGGAUCAAACCACAUUCUGUACCAACCUGGAGAGAAACCAGACCACUGUGUUGUCAUCAAGUACGUCCCUUAUGUUGGUGACAGCAAAAGGGCGAUGGACGAGUACAUGUCCGAGAUAAUGCUGGGUGGACACAAUACAAUCGUGGUUCACAACACUUGCGAGGACUCGCUGCUGGCUGCCCCGCUGAUUUUGGACUUGGCCUUGGUGGCCGAACUCUGCGAACGCAUCACUGUGGCGAAACGAGACGCGAGCGGCACUUCAGAGCACCAACCCCUCCGCUCCGUGUUGUCCAUUCUGUCCUACAUGUGCAAGGCUCCACAGGUGCCAAAGGGCGCACCGGUGGUCAACGCACUGUUCAAGCAGAAGGCGUGCAUCGAGAACGUGCUGCGGGCCUGCAUCGGGCUCGCCCCCUCCAACCACAUGCUGUUGGAGCACAUGGUGCGCUUCCCCCUUGCCAAGGACGCCGCGAAAAGCGCAAGCAGCAAUGGGUGCAUUUCAAUUGGACACUAAUGUCACCUCUGACUCGUGCCAAUUUUGAAAAAACAAUAACCUAUAAUGUUUAAUCCGUUUUGAAGUUUACAGAGUUACAAAUUGGUUGCAUUCCGCUAUAUUAGUUGCUAUAAACCAAUUGGAGUGUUCAUUUGUGUAGAAAUUGUUUGAUAAAAAAUAAAUUAAAAAAUAUUGAUUUUUGCUGAACUGAAAGUUAAAACACAAUACAUAAAUCAGUCUGUUAUCAGAGCACCAUAUUAUCAUUUAGCACACACAUGAUGGACUGCGUAAAUUGUACGGUACUCUUGAGAAAUAGGAGGAAGAAGAUAAUAUGUAUGACAUGUUUGUGUGCAACACCAAAAUUAAGUUGAAUAAUUAUGCACAUUAAUGUGGAUAGUUUAAUACGUUCGAUAAAUCAUAACAAUUAUGAUUUAUUUAAAUUAUACGUAUUCAUUUAUGUAUGGUUGAUAUCAUUAAAUUCUAAAAAUUUCAGCAACCGCAACUAUCAAUCAUUUCUAUGCUUUAUUAUUUUAAUUAAAAAGUGAUGGGUUUAUUACUGCGUAAUUAAUUUCCUGUAGAUAUGAUUUUUUGAGCAAUAAAUAAUACUAAAAAUUGCUACACAUAUAGUGUUCAAUAAUGUGUUCAGUUUGUAGUGCAGUGUGAAAUUUGAAAUACGAUCCGAUUGUGAGAAUUUGUUUUGGUGUAAAUCCACAAAACAACGUCAUAUCGGUCAUCUACGUGUGCCCAAUAUAUGAACGCGUCAACAUGGGAGAUUUCGAAAAUCUUCAAAGAAGCUGAUGUAAUUAACUAAUUUAAUAAAUGAUUGGAUAAUAUUAUUUAAUUAA